GAUCGUGCUUUAAUUAAGUGGGUGAAAAGCGCGCGCGGUCUGGUGUACACGAGAGUGAUAAACGCUAAACAGGCGAUGUCUUGCGAAGUGAAAGCGAGUUUAUUAAAUAUUUUACUGUUAUCAGCGACAGCCCUGGGUUCUGCUGAGACUGGGAACCGAAGCCUGGAGGAACCUGCAGAGCUGGAUCUGGGGAGCAGAGCUGAACCCAGAGGAGAGGGGGGUUACCUGCGGGUGAACGGUGGGGGUGAGGGUGGGGAGAGCGGAGGAGGGUCUGAAGAACAAAUGCAGACAAACAACUACACCACAAUCAACUACACCUCAAACAACUACACCACAAACAACAACACCACAAACAACAACAGUUCAGCUCAGCCGGUUUGGACCAGUGUAGAGGAUGAAGUUCCCCAUCCACGGAGGAAGGUGUUCAGUUCUAAGCCUCCUCAGCCUGACCUCAGGGUCCUACAGAAACACCAGACCAUCAGCCAGCCUCUCCACUCAGCUGACCAAUCAAAAUCACUACAGUGGUCUUCAGGAGGAGAGGACCGACCCCAGUCAGACUCUCCAGGAUAUGAAGCUGCAGAAGACUUUAUUACUCAACAGUGGUUUGGAAUGAGACCCUCAGUGCAGUGUUCUGGAGGUGGAUUGACCUUCACAGCUCAAGGGAGAGGCUAUACUCAUCUAUUUGUGGAAAGAGUGGACGCAGCUCCUGUGCAUGUGCUUCAGCUGUUUCCAGACUGUGGCUACUUUGUGAGGGCCACAUGGAGAGAUCUGCUACUAACGGCUUCAUUUGAUGCAUGCUACAUCUUGAAAGAGAACGAUAGUUAUGUUUUGCCGUUGCUGUGGUGGGGAAGACGAGUAAAGAUCUCCUGUUCAAUGAUCCCUGACUCCCCUCUGGCUCCUUCUGGCUUUUGCUCUGACUCCGGUCUGGCUAUAAUGAUGGAAGGGGACCAGGUAGCUGUGGAGAAGUUUAAGGUCAAAGCCAGUAGGGAGUGGGUGCCUUUUUUAUCGGACACGUGUGCAUGCAGAGUGGAGUCACCACCCGAAUAUGUAAUGUUCUUCAUUUCUUUUACAGCUCCAUGUAUUAAGGAUAGCGGCGGCACCGUUCACAUCCUCUUAAAUCGGAAGGAGUAUACUCUCUCCUGUAAGGAUUCCCCCUCUUCAUCUCAACAACCACUUCAUCCAGGUCCAACACAGGCCCAGCCUACUACAGAGAAAGCUACACAGCACACGCCACCUUAUCAACCUUAUCCAAAGCCUAAUGUACUACAACUUCCCUUUGGAUUUGACCCCAUCCAUUUCCCUAACCCCUAUCUGAUGGACCCCCACCUUCCUGGAGAAGUGCCCAACUUGCAGCAUUCCUAUAGUGAUGUAAUGUCACUUUCUGAACUGGCAGCCCUGGGUGGUGCACCAGGAACCCACUCACAGCAGCACCUACCUGUGUCUCUGAUACCACAACCACCCGGUCCACCUGGGAUUCCUGCUGCAUCGUAUCCAAAGUUCCCGACUUUUUCACCUCCCGUUGGCCAGUACCAUCCGGUGUUGGGACCUGUGAUGGACUAUCAGCUUCCUGACGCUUUUCCUUACCCCAUACAAGAUCAUCUGAAACCCCCUCGUCCUCUGCCUCGUCCCGAUGAUCAUGAAGUACAAGUACAACAAAGACUGGAUUUAACCAGCCAACUGGGUGUUAAUCCAAAUUCUGUCCAAAAAGCUCCUCCUUCAAAGCUUCCAGUAUCUCCCUUUACUCAAGAAGCAAAAGUUGUUCAGCAUUCAUCUAGAGAUCCAGUGCUCCCAACUGCUUCCUCCGAGAUGGAGCCAUCCCUGUCAUGCAAGGGCAGUCAUUUGGUAGCAGAUCUGCCCUCUGCAAAAAUGGAUUCAGUUAAAGUCAAAGAUGUGACAAAAAAGAACACUUGGUUGCCUGUAGCCUCUGCUCCAGUGCACUGUGGGUACUCACUGCAGCGUAAAGACCGGGGGGUGGUAUUCACCUCUCCUCUACCCACUUGCCACUCACGAACUCUGUCCUCUUCGCUCCUCGCUCUUUGGCUGAAGUUCUGGGACAUUGUCCAGCUGCGACAUCGUGUGCUGCAACUCCGCUGCCACAGCGCUGAACCUCCAGCGCCAGCUCCCACCACGGCGGUAGCUGACGUACCCUGGACACGGGUUACUGCAAGUCUGGUGCCUGAACCUAAACCUGAGCCUUCAUAUUCUCAAACAGCCAAACCGCCGCCACAGCCCAAACCCACUGCAUCCUCUCAGCAGGCCAGAAUCACGAUGGAACCUUCCUGGGGGGCCAAAACCACACCUCAACCCCUCGUACCCCAUAUCCAGUGUCUCUAUCAGCAUAUGAAUGUAACACUGCCUUAUCAAUCAGUCACAGGCCUGACUGUCCAGAUUCCCUCUAGAGGAGAUGAAGAGAAUCUAAACGCAGUGCUGCUGAAUGAAGCUCCAGUUCAUUGUGGAUACCUGGUGAAAGAGGACCAUAAUGGGUUUAUUAACGUCAUCUUGCCCUACACAUCCUGCCAUAUGGCUUAUCGGGAUGGACAAUACAAAAUCACGCUCGCGUAUCGGUUAGAGGAUGGUAAUGGAGUCGAGGCCUUGCUGUCUUGCAAGCCUCCCAAAGGCCAAGAAUGCAAUCUGCCUGCUGAACUUCAGCUGGACUGUGGACCCAGCACGAUUUUAGCUGAAGACUGCCACGCCCUGGGCUGCUGUUACUCCUCUGAUAAUGGCGUCUGUUAUUACCCCAUGGACGAGUGCACAGCCGACCGACAUUUCGUUUUCUCCAUCCCCUCGUCCCUCACGGACCCGCCCCUUUCCCCUACCCUCCUGUCUGCUGCUGGCAACAGCACCUGCAUCCCACAGAGGGUGGUGGGAGACUCUGCUCUGUUUAAGAUCCCAUUGGAUGACUGUGGUGCUCACAGAUAUGAAGUUGGUAAGACCGUGAUCUACCUUCUGGAGAUUCUGAACACACUGCAGUCCCUCAGUCAAAACUACGGAACUAUCACUAGGGACUCACCAAUCAGGUUGCUGGUGGAGUGCCGGUACCUGCCUGGCACCCUGGCCAGUGUGAGUUAUCUGGUGAAGAGUCCGUCUCUUGGCCCGUCAGUUCAGGCGCAGGGUGUUUUUGGAGUGCAGCUCAGGAUCGCUAAAGACCAGCAUUAUAGUAGCUAUUACCCACAAUACCACCGGCCCCUGAAAAAGCUGCUGGGGAAACCCCUGUAUCUGGAGGUGCGUCUGCUGAACGCUCCGGAUCCCAGCGUGGUGCUUUUGGUGCAUUACUGCGUGGCUUACCCUCGCUCAGCUCACUCAGCCUGGAUUCUCAUCUAUGAUGGGUGCCCAAACCCUCUUGAUGUGACUCCAACCAACAACCCCCCUCCCUCUCCACCGGAAGCAGUGGCCAAUCACGUGAGACGAUUCACGAUCAGCACUUUCCAGUUCCUGGACCCCAAUAAGGACCAAUUAGAGCCCAGUGAGAAACAGGAGGAGGAAGAGAUCUACUUCAUGUGUGCCACUGAGGUGUGUUUGCCCUCUGAAGGGCCGUGUGUAGAAGGCUGCUUUGAGAAUGCUCUGACAACAAAGUCCUGAGGAUGGGUGAGCAUUAUCUUGCUGAUCAUUGCCAGUUGCCAUGAGAAGCAACACGUUGCACCAGGAUGUUUGUGCUAAACAUGUCGCUGAAACGGUUCAAUGUACAAACACAAUCUCGUGUGACCAAAAAUGAAUGCGUUUAAUAAAAACGUAUAAAAAAAAACCC